AUGGCACUGGGGGGCCAGAGGGAGGGAGGAAGCCCGGGGAGCAGGGCAAAGACUAGAGGCGCGGGUUGCAGGAGGAGAGGGAAGCCGGCAGCACUUACCGUGUGGCCCUUUUGCCCUUGCGCCGGGCUGGAGCCUAGCCGACGGCGCGGGGCGGCGGCCCUGCCCUGCCUGGUCCGCCUCGGGCGGCGGCCGCAGCAGCGGAGCCCGCGGGCGGCGCACCGGCGGGCGGCGGCAGCUCCGCGGAGCUUCCUCCUGGGGCGCGGGCGGAGCGGGAAGGCUGGGGGUGUGAACCCGAGCCUCCGCCGCCCUGCUGCCGCCACAGCCCCGCGGUCCAAAUCGCGCCCGGCAGACUGCGGGAGAGGACUCUGCGGACCCAGAACCCACGCCGCUGCAGGACGACUUCCUGAUUCCCAGGGAUCAGAACCAGCGGCCAGGCGGUUCUAUCCCGCUUGGCACCGCUUUCAUUUUAUUUCAGAUGAAGACGUUGAGCUUAGUCAGAAGGGACAUAAAUCAGGACAAUUAGCAUUGGCGCCAAGAAGAUCCUCUAGUACCAAUUUCGCCCGGGCUUCCUUCGCGCAUUCCUCCACUCAAGUCAGAAAUGUCACUGCACAUAGCGUUGAUGGCUGCGAGACGCGACGCACCCAAAGUCCGUUUGAUGAAAUAUACAUGGCCCACGAUGCUUCUGGAUUGCGGUGCCCGGGUUCCCAGCCCCCGCCCGCGGCGCCUGGCCGGGACCCUUCUCCCCGCCGACAGCGAGCUCUUUGCAAACUUAGGGGCGCGGACAAAUUAAAGAGUGAGCGCGAGGGCUGGAAAAGGGAGAAGCAAAGAAGCAACCCAGGGAAGCCGCAGCCCUCGGAGGGGUGGCAUGUACGUUUCACUUAAA